CUGAUACCCUUCAGUUACUCCCUCCAUCAUACGUUUUCUCUCCAUGACCCUGUCGAGAUGCUUGAUGACAGGACUUGCGGCGCUUUUAUUCCUUGUGCUCUCACACGUUGAUGCAGCCGAUUGCACGCAUUGCGAGACAACCGCCGAAGAUGACGCGCUGCUAUCAAAGGUCGAGCUGCUUCAAACGCAUCUGGAUUUGCAAAAGAAGCCUGUCGAUGCUAACUCUUCAAAGGAAGAGAAAUCCACAGAGCAGCUGGAGGAUGUUGUAGCAGCCAAGCUCCAAGAGAAGAGUCACAACGGUGCGUUGCAUCCAAGCAUUGCAUCCCUUGCGAGCGAGCACUUGAUAUCCUUCCUGGAUGAAGUCAGCUUGGCGACAGGCCAGGGUCUGUCAUGGCCAGCUUGGGCUGAGUACUUCCCAACACAUGGACAAGGGCGUGUGAUCGGCAUUUCAGGAUCAAUCUGUUUGCUUCUCUUUUGCUACUGGAUCACCACCUUGAAGGAAGUGCCCCCAAUGAUGCGUGAAACACAGAAGGGUGGUCCCAAGGAUUUGAGACCAAUUAGCCUCGAAGAGCUGAAGAAACAUUCGCACCAGGUUGGCAGGGCAGAACAUGUGGAGUUUCUGUAUGUUUCUGUGGCUUCGAACCAGGGAGAUCUGUGGAUGGCGGUGGACGGCUUGGUAGCCAACCUGACGGAUUUCGCCACCAGCCAUCCAGGAGGAGUGGACUUGCUUUUGCAGCACGCAGGCACCGAAGCUGCUGAGCCAUUCCACGAUGUCGGUCAUUCGGAGUUUGCCUUGGAACAGAUUCAGAAGCGUGCAGUCGGUAUCCUUGAGAACGUUCAAGUCAAGGGAGCCAUUGCGAUUGAAAAGGACACAGUCAUGAGUCGCAUCUUCACAAAGGAGGACCCAUACAAUGUUCACAAGGUCCUUGGCUUCACCGUCCUGUCCAUGUACCUGUACAGAAUCUUCGUGUGGUGCUGCCAGUUAGCUCCUCCAAACGCUGACUACGCCGGCUUCAAGCCUGAUCUGUGGGCACUGGCCAGCAUUUUCAUCGUGGAGGGGCUGCAGGUUUCCUCCUUUAUCUUCACAGUGCCGCAAAACCGCCCGCUGUCCGGGCCAAUGAUUUGGCAGGAGUGGCGAGCCCACAACCUGAUUUUUGUCAGUCGGUUGACCAUCUGCUUCCUUGGCGCUUGGAUGGUGAAUCGCUACAACGGCAUGAUGGGGUGGGGAUCAUGGACGCAGAUGACAGUCAACCAGCUGUCCGUUUUUGCCCAGAUGCGAUUGGCAGAUUUGGCCACCGCUUGGCUUCGUGACGACACCCACGAGACUUUGGUGAGCACCAUGCCCUAUUGGGAGCACUGCCCGAAAUGGGUGGAGUCCAUGUUCCGCACCUGGUACUCCAUGUCUCAGAUCUACACGACAAUUGUCAUCAUCAUUGCAGGUCCAGGGAUGGACUUGUAUUUCGUGAUGAUUCUGCCGUACCAGCUGUAUUCGGUGUUGAUGACCUUUGUCCGGAAAGGCGUCAUCUCCUCGCGGACUUGUCAUGUGACAUACUUCUGGAGCCUGUGGCAAAGUUGGGUCUGUGGCUUCAUGAUGCAGAGCUUUCGUGUCUUCGUGCAAGUCCAGGCGUUUUCUAUCUUUUGCUAUUGCACUCGAGUCUAUGGCUUGAACAAGUACGUCCUAUGGAUCGGGGCAUGCACUAGUUUGCAACUGGUGAUGAUCAAAAAUUGGCCAAUCCAUUCAGAACAAGAUGUGCUUGAGUUCCCGAUGUUUACGGUCACCAUCCUGAUGUGGGCAAUCCUGGGAGCUGGUCUCAAGUUCUUCUCUUCCGUGCCUCUCUUCGAUUCAAGACAUGCUCGAUAUGUUGAGGCACGGCCUAAGAGAGUGAUCCUGAGAAGCAAGACCAAAGUCAGCACCAACCUGUACCACCUGAAAUUCGACUUCCCAUGGUUCUUCCGGUGGCAAGGCUACAGCAGCGGCUUGCAGCCAGGUCAACACGUCAAAAUCCUGUGCGGGAAUGCGUCCCAGGGCAGAAGCACCUGGAAUGGCCAUGCCAAUUUGGAAGUCUCGCGGGAUUACCUCAGCCGAUCCUACACGCCGAUCAAUUCCUCAAAGGAUUCUACGGUCGACUUCAUUGUGAAACUUUAUCCUGAAGAUGCUCCAGGAGGCUUUGCAGAUGGCGGCAGAGGAAGCACGAAGCUAUGCCUGGAGGUUAAAGAAGGAGAAGAAGUUUGGCUAUCUGGACCUCACGGCAGCAAGGUCUAUCGUGGCAAUGGAAACUUUGUGGUUGAUGGGAAACUGAUCAAGGCUUCCACCAUUUGUGCUCUGGCAGGUGGAUCCGGCAUCACGCCGGUCCUCUCAUUGCUUCGCCAGUGCCGCGAAGAAUGCCGAUCAAGCUUUGCAAAGCCGAAUGCCAAACACGAUCUGAUCAAGGAAUUCUCGAUCAUCCAUGCCAUGCGCAGCAUGGACGAAAGGCUGGAGACCACCUGGUACAAUCCGUUGGCGGAGACGGGCCUAGCACCACAUUGCACAGUCACACACCUGGCGACAGGUCAGAAGGAACUAACGUUGAAAAGGUCAAUGUCACACCGAGAAGGGAUGGCAUACAACUAUGGCAAGCUAACAAAAGAUGUCAUUGCCGAGAUUUUCCCUCCAGCGGCAGAAGACUUGGUGAUCAUUUUGUGCGGUCCGAAGGGGUUUGUGGAUGACGUGUGUCAACCCCUCCUGCGAGAGCUGAAGUACAGCAACGUCCUGACAAUGUGGUGAGUGAUCAUUGCAUACUGAGUGCCAUUCGGCCUGUUCGGAGGCCACAAAAGAGCGCAGUCAUGCUACUGUGCCCUAUUUCAUGGUUGCCCUUAUUGACCGACCCAUCCCACUCAGCUGGGAAAGAAUGGUGUGACGGUCGCCAUGUCUUUUGCGCCCCUGUGGGGCCCACUCACCCAGCUUUCUCCCCUUUUCUGCCUGGAGAUGAUGAGAGGCAUCCGAUUCAAAA